AUGAAAGUUUACAAUUUAUUUCUUAUUGCUAAUUUGGCAAAUGGUUUAACCAUUAAUCCUGCUUCUGCUCAACCAAGCAGUGAUGUUUCAUCUCAAGCUGAUGGUACUGCUGCUGCUGGUGGUGAUGGUAUGAAGACUAAACAUUCCUUCUCAAAGGGAAUCUCCAUUAGAAAAGAUCUUGCUCAAGAUUCCCAAAAGGAAAGUCCAUCAUUGGAAGAUCUUUCUCAAUUUUCUUUUGAUGCAGCAUCAUUGAAGAAUGCUAUGGGUGGUGGUGAAGAUGGUGGUCCUAAAGUUGAAUUGGCUGCUCGUGGAUUUGGUGAAAUUUUUUGGCAAUUGUUAACUUUGGGUAAAGAAUUGACGAUGGAAAAAGUUGCCAUUUUGAAAGAUAUUUUGAGUUUAUUGGAUAAACUUAAGCAAUUCAAAAAGGAUGGUUAUAAAGCUUUGGUUCCUGAAUGGGAUGGUAUUUAUCAACCAGUUACUCCUGCUCCUGGUCCUGCUCCUAAAGGUGAUGUUGUUAAUGUUGAAAAUUGGAGUUUUAAUCCUGAUCAACAACAACAAGUUGAGUCUCUUUCUAAGAAUGAUGAUGAUGACAAUCAAGACUUGAAUAAACGUGAAGCUAAUGAAGAGGCUGAAGAUGAUGAAGAGGUUACUGCUGCUAUUGAUUUAGGGAAAUGGAAAUCUAAAUUAGGAGGUAUGAAAGGUGGUAUGAACAAAGGCGGUGGUAAAGGUGGAAUGGGAAACGGUGGAAUGGGUAAAGGUGGAAAAGGAGGAAUGAAUAAAGGGGGUAAAGGAAAACCACAAUUUGAAGAAGAAUGCCUGGAAGAGGAAUACUCUACUGAAGAAGAAGAAUGUGACGAGUUUAACAAUGGUAAAGGAAAUGCUGGCAACGGUGGUAAAGGCGGAAAAGGUGGUAAAGGUGGUAAAGGUGGUAAAGGUGGUAAAGGCAGUUGGAAAGUCAAGCGUGGUGAAAAUCAUUCAGAUGGAAAUAAACAUGAUGGACAACAUAAAGGUAAUAAAGAAGAUAAUCACCGUGAUUCAGAUUGUGAAUGUGGUUACUCUUCAUCCGACGAUGAACAUGAAAAACCAAAGGUAAUUGAUAAAAAGAAACAAGACCAUGAGAGAAAGAAGCAAGAGGAUCAUGAUAAGAAGAAGCAAGAAGAUCAUGAACAUGAAAAGCAAAAGGAACAUGAAAGAAAGAAACAAGAAGAUCAUGAACGUGAAAAGGAAGAUCAUGAACAUGAAAAAGAGAAGGAACAUGAAAAAGAGAAGGAACAUGAAAAAGAGAAGGAACAUGAAAAAGAGAAGGAACAUGAAAAGGAAAAGGAAAAAGACCAUGGAAAGGAAAAAGAAAAGGAAAAAGAACAUGAAAAGGAGAAAGAACACGGAAAGGGAAAGGACCAUGGAAAGGAAAAGGACCAUGAGAAAGAAAAGGAUCAUGAGAAAGAAAAGGAUCAUGAGAAAGAAAAGGAUCAUGAGAAAGAAAAGGAUCAUGAAAAGGAAAAGGAAAAGGAUCAUGAAAAAGAGAAACCUAAAGACCAUGGUAAAAAGAAAGAACAUGAUCGUUUCAAAUAUGAAGAUUGUGAUGAAUUUUUUGAAGACCAUAAGAAAGGUAAACAUGGUAAUGAUAAGCGUGAAUCCAAAGACAACGAUGAUGAUGAAGUCACUGCAUCAAUUAAAAUUGGUAAAUUGAAAGGGUUUCUUGAAAAAGGUGAUAAAAAUAAUAAAAAUAAUCAAGAAAAUAAAAAAGUUGAAGAAAUUGAUUGCGAAGAUCAAAAAGAAAAUAAAGGGGGGUUAAAACCUGAAUUCGGUAAAGGUGAACCUAAACCAGGACCCAAAAGUGGACCCAAAAGUGGACCCAAAAGUGGACCAAAAGGUGGUAAAGGUGGAAAAGAUGGGAUUGAAAAACCAUAUGAAUCUGGAUCUGAGUCGGAAUCUGAAUCUGAAUGUGAAUGUUUUGAAGAAGAAGAGAAAUUUAAAAAAGGUAAAGAUGGUGGUAUCAAAGGUGGAUAUGCAAGAGGAGAUGGUAAAGAUGGAAAUGCGAGCAAUCGCAAAAGCAAAGGUGGGAAGUUUUAA